AUGGCCAGCCAAAUCUUCAUUGAAACCCCCACUGUUGAGCAACACUUGACCGGCUUUGGCAUUGGAACUGCUACUCCGCGUCUGUCAUGGCGAUUCCUCACCACCGACAGUAGCCCGCGUGACUGGGAACAGACAGCCUACGAAGUGCAACUUACUCGCUCCGGAUCCUCAGCUAAAACCUACUAUGUGAAGAGCAAUGCAUCGGUGCUGGUCCCUUGGCCCAGUGAUCCAUUACAAUCCCGAGAAAUCGCACAGGUCCGCGUUCGGGCAUACGGGUGCAGGGCCGGCGAGGAGCAACAGGCCGAAGGAGCCACCUCUUGGUCUCCUUGGCGCGUCAUUGAGUGCGGACUACUCGAUCACACUGACUGGGUAGCCCGAACUAUUGCCAAUCCGGAGGAACCACAGCCGGAAGCUCCAUUGCGGCCGGUGCGUUUCCGUAAGGAAUUCCAACUUCCUGCGGCGAGUUCAGUCGACAAGGCCCGCCUCUAUAUCACCAGCUUUGGGGUAUACCGCGCUUUCGUCAACGGUCAUCGAGUCGGAGAUCAGUGCCUCGCCCCCGGGUGGACUAGCUACCGCCAUCGCUUGAACUAUCAAGUGUUCGAUGUAGGACCCCUCCUGAAUGCUGGAGGUCUCAACGUCCUCGCGGUAGAGGUUGCAGAGGGAUGGUACGCCACUCGCCUCGGCUUCCUUGGUGGGCGAAGACAGCUGUAUGGAGAUCGGCUGGCCGUACUAGCCCAGGUGGAAAUUCAACUCGGACCCAAGGGAGACCGAUUCUCUAUGUGUACCGAUAGCACUUGGAUUUGUACCUCCAGUGCCAUCGUCCGCAGUGAGCUGUAUGACGGCGAGGCUUAUGAUGCUCGUGAAGAAGAUCCGACCUGGAACUGCGCGCGCCUUGACCAGGCCUCUAGCUGGGUAGCCGUCCGUGAAAUUGACUUCCCAACCGCGGCCUUGGUAGCACCGGACGCUCCUCCAGUGCGUAUCACCGAGGAGAUUCCCCCAGUCUCCGUUCAGAAGACCCCUUCCGGUGCAACCGUCAUUGACUUCGGUCAGAACCUGGUUGGUCGACUCCGCGUGCGCUCAUUGCAAAAGCCCUCUGGGUCUCGCGUCUCGUUCAUCCACGCCGAAGUACUAGAGAAUGGCGAGCUCGGGGUUCGACCGCUACGACACGCCAAGUGCACCGAUGAAGUCAUCCUGAAUGGAACAGAGCUCGUAGAUUGGUCGCCACAGUAUACAUUUCAUGGGUUUCGAUACGUCCAGGUCAAUGGUUGGGAUGAGGAAAUCGAUGGAUCACUGCUCCUCAAUAUCAAGGCCCUCGUGAUGCACACUGAUAUGACCCGCAGCGGAUGGUUUUCUUGCUCCCACCCCAUGAUCAAUCAACUCCACACCAAUGCUUGGUGGAGUAUGCGGGGGAAUUUCCUGUCCAUCCCCACCGACUGUCCCCAGAGAGAUGAACGCCUCGGCUGGACCGGGGAUAUUCAGGUCUUCUGCCCAUCGGCCAACUUCCUCUACAAUACUGCCGGCAUGCUGAGCGACUGGCUGCAGGAUGUUGCAGCCGAGCAGCUGAGGGAGAAGGAUGGCUGCGUGCCUCCAUUUACGGUCCCUAACGUUAUCAGCGAGACCCUGUGGCCGCAUACGCCGCAGGCCGUGUGGGACGAUGUCGUGAUCCUGACGCCCUGGGCCCUCUACCGGUCGUAUGGAGACCAAGACAUCCUCCGCCGCCAAUAUGAGAGCAUGCUCGCCUGGAUCGAUCGCGGAAUCCGUCGUGGUUCGGAUGGACUCUGGGACCCUGAACUUUGGCAACUGGGAGACUGGCUAGAUCCAACAGCGCCGCCCGAGGAACCUGGGGAUGCACGCACCAGUGGAACCCUCGUCGCUGAUGCCUAUCUCGUGCAUAUCACGUCUGUGAUGUCCGAGGUCAGUCAGGUCCUCGGCCAGAGCCAGAAUGCCGCACGAUUCCAGGCGGACUAUGAUCGACUCAAGGCAAGCUUCCAGGCCAAGUAUAUCACAGCCACUGGGUUGCUGGUCGGUGAUACCCAAACGGCACUUAGCCUUGCCAUCGUGUACGACCUCCACUCCACUCCCGAAGCAGCCCAGGCUGCGGCAUCGCGUCUCGUCCACCUCGUGCGGCUGGCCAAGUUUCGCGUCGCCACCGGGUUUGCGGGCACUCCGAUCAUAACGCAUGCUCUCACCAAGAGCGGAUACCCCCAGAUCGCCUACCGGAUGCUGCUGGAGAAAAAUCGCCCGUCGUGGAUGUAUCCCAUCACCAUGGGAGCGACGACCAUGUGGGAGCGGUGGGACAGCAUGCUCCCCGACGGGACCAUCAAUCCUGGCGAGAUGACCAGCUUCAAUCACUACGCCCUGGGCUCCAUCAUCAACUGGCUGCACUCCACUGUGGCCGGCGUCAGCCCUCUAUCCCCGGGCUGGAAGCAGAUCCAGGUGGCUCCGACUCCUGGGCCCACGAUUCACUCGGCUGAAGCCAUGUACGAUACUCCCUAUGGGCGACUGGAAUGCCGGUGGUCGAUCGAGAUUGACGCGGACCUCUUCCAUAUGGACCUGUUGAUACCCCCUAAUUCUCGUGCGCGCGUGGUAUUGCCGACACCCAAGAAGCUAUCCCAGCCCGCUGGUUCUCGUGAAGACGGAGAUGAUCUCUGGGUGGGUUCGGGACAUCACCAUUUCUCUGCCCCCUUCGAGUGGAGGAAGUACACUAGGGAAUGGCCACCGAAGCCCCUGAUUCCAAUUAUGCGCAAGCCUGAACCGGAGGAUAUUGCCUGA